AUGGAUAAACAAAAAAAUACUUGCGAUCAGAUUUGCAACAAUAUUGAGGGGAGUUAUUACUGUUCUUGUCAAAGUGGAUACUCCCAGAAAGGUGAUAAAUGCAUUGCUAAAAGGUCCCAAGUCAUCAAAUAUGUAUCAGGUUUGGGAUCCACUUGCGUCUUCUUAAUCAUUGGAAUGAAUUGGUUAUAUUACAUCUUUAAGAAACGAAAAUAUGCUCAACAAAGAGAAAAAUUCUUCCGCCAAAACGGUGGUCUCUUGUUACGUCAACAAAGUAGAGACGGCAAUACAAAAGUUUUCAGCAAUGAAGAACUCAAGAGAGCCUCGAACAACUACGCUGCUGAUAGGAUUCUUGGACAGGGUGGUUACGGAAUAGUUUAUAGAGGAAUUCUACAUGACAAUCGUGUGGUUGCUAUCAAAAAGUCCAAACAGAUGGAUGAGAGUCAAGUAGAGCAAUUUAUAAAUGAAGUGGUGAUUCUUACACAAGUUAAUCACAGAAAUGUGGUUAAACUUUUGGGAUGUUGUUUGGAAUGUGAGGUACCACUCUUAGUAUAUGAACUUGUAUCCAAUGGUUCUUUAUUGGAUCAUGUCCACAAUAUUGUUGGUGGCGCAUCCUGGUUAUCACUGGAGAAUCGGUUAAGAAUUGCUGCUGAAUCUUCUGGCGCCCUUGCAUAUCUUCACUCUGCAGCUUCCAUACCUAUAAUUCACAGAGAUGUUAAAUUAGCCAACAUAUUACUGGAUGAUAAUAAUGUUGCUAAAAUUUCAGAUUUUGGAGCGUCGAGGUUGGUACCCAUGGAUCAAACCAAAGUGACUACACUAGUCCAAGGUACUCUAGGGUACUUGGACCCUGAGUAUUUCUAUAGCGGCCGACUGACCCCUAAAAGUGAUGUUUAUAGUUUUGGAGUGGUUCUUGCAGAGCUAUUAACCGGGAGAAAACCAAUAUGCAUGGCUAACCCUGAGGAAGAAAGAAAUCUUGCCACAUUUUUUGUUACCUCCAUGAACAAAAACUGUUUAUUUCUCAAUAUUCUAGAGCCUCGAAUUGUCAAGGAAGGAACGCCCGAUCAACUUGAAAAAGCUGCUCUACUUGUGAGGAGGUGUCUUAACCUUAAUGGUGAGGAAAGACCAACAAUGAUGGAAGUUGCUAUGGAACUACAAAAUUUGAGGGGUUUUACUAAACAUCCUUGGGCUAAUCAACAAGGCCAUGAAGAGAUGACGAGCUUAAAAGGUCAUAGUGAGAUCAGGCAUUCUAAUAUCUAUGAUAUUGAAAUGAGUUCUGGCAGUAACUUUGGAACGACUACCAGUAAUCCAAUAUACUACGCAAUUGACAUAAAAUUCUUAUAUCGAAAACUGAAGAUGAAGAUGCGUUUGUUUCUAAUUCUUCUUGUUGUUUUACUGGGCUGUUCUUGGGGGUAUGAAGUGCUUUCCCCAGACACCGCUAACCACACCAUCAUGAAGCCUGAAGUCUUUACCAAGCCGGGAUGUCAAAGGCAGUGCGGAAACCUGCUAAUACCAUAUCCCUUUGGCAUCAAGUCAGAAGGUCUGGAUUGUGCCAUCAGUCCCGCCUUUGAAGUUCAAUGCAGCACUGACAUCAAUCCUCCUUUGGCCUUUCCAUUAGAUCCAUAUAUGACACAUCAUAUUCAUGAUAUAUCCGACACUGAGUUACGACUUAACUCUUUUCAGGCCUCCAAGUGCUACAAUCAAUCUGGGCCACCUGCCGACGGAAUUGAACAACUCAUUCAUGUAGAGUAUGGAUUGGAUGAGACUUCAUUUGCGUAUUCCACUGUAAAUGUGCUUACUGUUGUUGGUUGUGAUGACUAUGCCAACCUAUACAACGAUCGCAGUUUGAACCACACAACCAGCAAACCAAGCCAGGUCUGCAGUGCCACAUGCCCACCUGACAAGGAGAUUCGUGAAGACGAGUGUUCUGGCACCGGUUGUUGUCAAAUACCCAUCACGAGUCACGCGAAUUUCUCUAUCGACCUUCUGACCUAUAAACGCUACAGAAAUGUCUCCUACUUUAACCAAUGUGGGUUUGCAUUCGUUGGUGAGAAAAGCAGAUUUAGAUUUCAAGGCAUGUCAUAUCUUAACGAUUCAUACUUCAGGCAGAAGAUUCGAGAUAUACCUAUAGUAUUAGACUGGUUUAUUGCGAAUCAAACUUGCGGUGAAGCACAGCGGGACCAAACUUCUUAUGCUUGCAAAUUCAGUAAUAGUGAAUGCAUCAAUGCAACCUCGUCGACUGGAUACCGCUGCAGAUGCAAACAAGGCUUUGCAGGAAAUCCUUAUCUCACUCCAGGAUGCUAUGAUAUCAAUGAAUGUAUGGAUGAGCAAAAAAAUACUUGUGAUCAGAUCUGCAACAAUAUUGAUGGGAGUUAUUACUGUUCUUGUCAAAUUGGAUACUACCGGAAAGGUGAUAAAUGCAUUGCUAACAAGUCCCAAAAGUCCCAAGUCAUCAAGUAUGUAUUAGGUUUCGGAUUCAGUUGCCUCUCGUUACUCGUUGGAAUGAAUUGGUUAUAUUUCAUCUUAAAGAAGAGAAAACGUGCACAACAAAGAGACAAAUUCUUCCGGCAAAAUGGCGGUCUCUUGUUAGGUCAACAAAGUAGAGAAGGCAAUACAAAAGUUUUCAGCAAUGAAGAACUAAAGAGAGCCACAAACAACUAUGCAGCUGAUAUGAUUCUUGGACAAGGUGGUUACGGUGUAGUUUACAGAGGAAUUCUAAGUGACAAUCGUGUGGUUGCUAUCAAAAAGUCCAAGCAAAUGGAUGAGAGUCAAGUAGAGCAAUUUAUAAAUGAAGUGGUGAUUCUUACACAAGUUAAUCACAGAAAUGUGGUUAAACUUUUAGGAUGUUGUUUGGAAUGUGAGGUACCACUCUUAGUAUAUGAACUUGUCUCCAAUGGUUCUUUAUUGGAUCAUGUCCACAAGAUUGUUGGUGGCGCAUCCUGGUUAUCACUGGAGAAUCGGUUAAGAAUUGCUGCUGAAUCUUCUGGCGCCCUUGCAUAUCUUCACUCUGCAGCUUCUAUACCUAUAAUUCACAGAGAUGUUAAAUUAGCAAACAUAUUGCUGGAUGAUAAUAAUGUUGCUAAAAUUUCAGAUUUCGGAGCGUCGAGGUUGGUAUCUAUGGAUCAAACCAAAGUGACUACACUGGUCCAAGGUACUCUAGGGUACUUGGACCCUGAGUAUUUCUAUAGCGGCCGACUGACGACUAAAAGUGAUGUUUAUAGUUUCGGAGUUGUUCUUGCAGAGCUCUUAACCGGAAGAAAACCAAUAUGCAUGUCUAACCGUGAGGAAGACAGAAAUCUUGCCACUUUUUUUGUUACCUCCAUGAACAAAAACUGCUUAUUUCUCAUUCUAGAGCCUCGAAUUGUCAACGAAGGAACGCCCGAUCAACUUGAAAAAGCUGCUCUACUUGUGAGGAGGUGUCUUAACCUUAAUGGUGCGGAAAGACCAACAAUGAUGGAAGUUGCUAUGGAACUACAAAAUUUGAGGGGUUCUACUAAACAUCCUUGGGCUAAUCAACAAGGCCAUGAAGAGAUCAUGAGCUUAAAAGGUCAUAGUGAGAUCCGGCAUUCUGAUCUUUAUGAUAUUAAAAUGAGUUCUGGGAGUAACUUGGGGAAUGACUCAGAACUGUUAAGCCCUCGUUAAGCUAUCUUGGUUUGUGUUAUGAACGAAGACGCCAACAUAAUUAUGUUUAUGUUUCUGCCAUGCUGAUGUAAUAAUGGUGUACUGCUCGGAGAGAAUCUCGUAGAAGUGUGUAAGAAUAAUUGAGAACCUUAUAAGAUAAUCAUAGUUCAU